AUCCUCUCUUGCAUUUUUUUUUCCUUGAAACUAUUCUUCCGUUGCUUCUACCAAUAUGCGCUUUCAAGCUCUCCCCGUUCUCGCUGCCGUGCUUGCAUUCCCUACCCUUAUCUUGGGUGAGCCGGAUUGCCCUUAUGGUGGCAAUUGGUACUGGAGUCACGAAGCGGCAAGAAGUGCAGCCGCGCAUGGAAUCGACAAAUGGUGUAAUAACAUUGCCCCUUCCACGUUUAAAGGCGGGCAAGAGGUGAAACAGUGCCUUGAGGUCGAUUAUGAUCCGAAGAAUGUUAAUCUGUGGAUGAAAAACGACAACUCGGGUGAUAAGGUCCUCUCCAUCGACCAGUGCAAGAAGUUGCUCAAGAAGAUCGUCGAUAGUUGUCCUGCGGGUGGUUCUGACCGCACUAAUGAUGGCUGGGCACCACAAGCGACACCUGGUGGUGCCUGUUGGGUCUAGAUCCCAGGUCCACGUAAUGAUGUACUGAAGACAAUAUCAUCAGAGUGCCA